UAGAAGACUUGUUGAUUGUUUGUGUCACACAUCUACUCAUAAUCUACUUUGUGGUGUAGCGUUAUGAACCUAUUUGGUGUCCUCAAAUAUAAGAAGAUGGCAGAGGAUUUUCUCCAGAGUUCGGGCAUUCCAUUUACUAUUAUCAGACCUGGGAGGCUGACUGAUGGGCCAUACACGUCUUAUGAUCUUAAUACUCUGCUCAAGGCCACAGCAGGGCAACGGCGUGCUGUCCUUAUGGGUCAAGGAGAUAAACUGGUUGGAGAGGCCAGCAGAAUUGUUGUUGCUGAAGCUUGCAUACAAGCUCUGGAUGUAGAAUUCACUGAAGGCAAAGUAUAUGAAAUCAAUUCUGUUGAGGGUGAAGGUCCUGGAACUGAUGCUGCAAGGUGGCAAGAACUAUUCAAAGCUGCAGAGUCCCACUAACUACAAAUACAUGGUUUGUGUGUGUAUGUGUAACAUGGAAACUGACAAUUAGGCAUCUUAAAUUACUGUUGUAAAGUGUAGUAUUCUAAUCAUGUCUGCAGUAAGUAGCAUGCGUGUGUAAAUCUGUACGAUCUUAUGUUGCUGUUUUGGACAAAGUUCCAUGGUUUUGUCAAGCGCGGCAGGAAGACAUUCCGUCUAUCCUUGCAAGCUUUGUACAUUUCUUUUUUUAUGGUUUA